GUGUUUCAGAGGUCCUGGCGAGGCAGGGCGAGUUAUGCUGAGGUUUCUAUUAAAGCAAGCAACAGGCUGCGUCCAGUCUAUCCCGGGACCGGCCAACACACAGGGGGCUGGUUUGUUUUAAGUGGGUUGGUGUUAAGUCUUUCGACCAGAAAGUUAUGCACCGACCGGUAAAGUCUUCAACGGGGGAAGCUGGGUGGAAAAGCCGGCGCUCCAAGAGUUUGGCAAGACACGAUAGGACGAGUAUGUUCCAUCGCCAGCUGGAGAGGAGUGUGAUUUCAAGCUCUAAGGAGGAAACGAAAUCACUGCUCCACAGAAUAGUCCUUCUGUGUAAAAUGCCUCCCGACCUGGUUGACAAAAGAAAAGUAGGAGGGUACUAUGAAAGCCUUCUCCAGAGACUCCAGCGUUGUCACCAAGGGGAUACGAUCACAGGACUUCUGAUGCUGUACCCUAACUAUGUUAUACAUGUGGUAGAGUCUUCCAGUGACGUGCUGUAUUCAGUAAUCCAGGAUCUAAGCGACAUGCAGAAACACCAAGGAGAAAGACCAUUGCAUUUGGACUCCAAAAUCCUGGUGAUGUCACACAAUAUUCCCAGCAGACUGUUCCAGCAGUGGGAAUAUAAAGUCCUAAACAUCUCAGCAAAACGGCUGGACGAUAAUUUGCAAAGGGAACCAAUAGAAAAGAUCAUCAGUGAAACCCUCACUCUGCUUCUAAAGCUGGGGAUGCACAUGCAGAAAAAAUGCAAGGAAUCCCACAACAGUCCAACUGAUUCUGUGUUAGAUGAUGCCCCUGAACUGAUCAUCCCGCAGAAUCUCAUCGCUCGACUCCUGGAAGCUCGUGAACUUUUAACACCUGCCCAAUUCCUCCACAAUUAUGGAGCUCCAUUAAAUGUAAUUAUGGACUCAGAACUGGUAUGGCCAACACUGGAAAAUAUGCUGCCAUCGAAAAGACCAUAAUGGGGCUUGUGAAAGAUGGGCAGUUUCGUCCUUCAGAGAAAGACACGUAUUUAAGUUUCUCACUGAUGGCGUCCUCGCAUUUACUUAGAACAGGAAGUGUGGUCUAAGAAUUGUUACGGGAAAAAUUGGAAAUGAUUAAGAUACUAGGUACAUAUUUAUCUCUACGAUUCAGAGACAUUCUUAUUGCUAUGAUCGAUACAAUUCAAAGAAUCAAAAUCAUUUUAAAAGCUUGAAAUAAAGUGAAAGUCAUCAAAAUCACAAAAUUACUGUCAGAUUAAAAAUGCGGAAAUAA